AAGGACCUUUGGAGGUUCAUAGGCCAGUUGAUACCCGCAAUGCUUUGUGAAACUGAUUGACAGAUGGUGUGGACCAAUCGUCAAACGGCCAGCCCCUGCCCAUAUAAGGAAGCUGCGGCCAUUAUUCUCUCUCUUGGGUCGCUGUCACUGAAUGAGGUAGGACCUCCGCAACUUUCAAUGACAAUUACUAGGUCAAAGCCUUGCGGCCUCGGCUGAAUUACACAGUUGUAUCUGAUGGUCCAGAACGGUUCUUCCAUGGCAUGUGAUAUAGACUGUGACUACCGUGCUGAAUAUGAGGUCACACUCUUCCCUAUUAUCUACGGACUGGUUUUUAUCUUUGGACUGGUUGGCAACUUGGCUGCCAUAGGUGUCAUCUACCAAAAUGUGAAGAGGGGUAAUGUCCUUGGAGUAUAUCUCGCCAAUCUCUGUGCCUCAGACCUCCUGUAUGUCUUCACACUUCCCGUAUGGAUUGCCUACACGGCCAAAGAGGACUGGCUUUUUGGGGCUCUCAGUUGCAAGAUUGUUGGGUUUUUCUUCAAUGCCAACUUGUACACCACCAUAGUAUUCCUCAGCUGUAUUGCUGUUGAUCGGUUUGUAGCCACUGUAUUUCCAUUCGGGGCCAGGGCACUGCGGACUAUGAGAGGUGCCAUGAUCAUAUGUGUUGUGGUGUGGUUGAUUAUCUUAGGGAGUCAUUCUGUGUUCCUUGGUCGGGAUGAACUCUUUAACUCCAGUCUUAACGUUAAGCUUUGCUACGAAAAGUAUCCAAUGGACCAGUGGAUGGCUCGACUCAACUAUUUCCGUAUCUUUGUAGUCUUCCUCAUCCCCUUGAUACUUGUAGUGGUCUCCUACUGCUCUGUUGUUCGGGUUAUUCACCAGAGCCUCAGCUUGGAAAAAGAGCAAAAACGAAAGAUCAUCGGGCUCUUACUGACGAUGACGGCCAUCUUUAUUAUCUGCUACCUCCCCUACCACAUUGUACUCUUCAUCCGCUCCUAUGUUAGUGACCGGAACAUCUGCACCUGUGACAUAGAGCGGAAGGUACGUCCAGCUUAUCGAAUCACCUUCGCCUUGACCAGUCUUAGCAGUGCCCUGGACCCAUUCAUCAACAUCUUUGUCAGCGAAAGCAUUAAGCAAGAUCUUCUGAAGGAAGUCCGAGCAGUAUGGUCUGGGCUCCGAUCCCUUCGUCAUGCUCGCAGCUCUCUUAGGCGGAGGACAUCAAGGAAACAUGGGUACGACACCGUAACCCAACACGUAGAAAAUGAUCAUCUACUGGAGAAGAAAGCGGAGACUGCACUUUGACUGGUGAUCUGUAACGUUGACUGGUUGUUCAUAUGAUGAAUAGCAUACGGAGCCAAGGUUCACAUUGGUCUCUAAAUCGGCCAAUAUUGGAAAAAAAGUCUACAACUUCUAAUAGAAGAAAAACCAGAGACGUGUUUAAUGCCUUCCCUCUUUUAUUCCUCGUUAAAACUACAAAUCCAGACAUUACAUGGAAAACUCUGGAAACUUUUUUACUUUAUUUUACCUGUUGCACUGGAUCCCGUGGGAAAAUACAUGUUUUACAUAUCAAUGUCUUUUGUAAUAGUUGAAUAUUCUUUAAAAUAAAAUUACAUUUUUUACUUAAAAUUACUUACUCUCUUAAAAUCCGUCCUAGAAAACCAUUUACACCGGCAGAAACAGAAUCCAAUGGGAGAGGACAUUACCUACUCAUGCAUUGUAACCUAUGGCAUGCAGUCUUCGAGAAUCCUUGCACACUCCAUGGUCCUAUUGGCUGAGAUAUGUGUGUGUAUAGCUCUUGGCAACAGACCUUUUUAUGUUGUGGUUUCUGCUGCUAACCAUAAAAAAGACCAAGGGCUUGUUCACGUGGUUACAUUUAAAGGGCUACUCCGCCCCUAGACAUCUUAUCCCCUAUCCAAAGGAUAGGGGAUAAGAUGACUGAUCGCGGGGGUCCCGCCGAUGGGAACCCCCG